UGAACAAUAAGCCAAAUUUCAUUGACAAAUUGGAUUGAAAGGACAAAAGUAAGUAUAUGCUUUUUCAUGUCAUUUUCUUCAAUCAAACUUAGCUACAAAAUUUCCAAAUAAUCACCAUUUUUAAUUCUCUUUAAUCCUCUCGAAAAAAAAAAUAAAAAAACCAUGGCAGAGAACAACAAGAAUUCAGAAAUCAACGAUUUUCAAAUUAUGCUUCAGAAUAAAGAUGACAGCAAAAAACAAUUAGCACCAAAGAGAAGUUCUAACAAAGAUCGGCACAAAAAAGUUGAUGGUCGAGGGAGAAGAAUUAGAAUGCCCGCUUUAUGCGCAGCGCGAAUUUUUCAGUUGACGAGAGAAUUAGGUCAUAAAUCGGACGGCGAAACAAUUCAGUGGCUGUUACAGCAAUCUGAGCCUUCCAUUAUAGCUGCCACCGGAACCGGAACGAUUCCGGCUUCAGCUCUUGCAGUUGCAGAGUCCUCUGUUUCAGAACAGAGCAACUCCGUUUCAGAACAGGGGAACUCUGUUUUGCAUACAAGAGAAAGGGCAAACUGGGGAAUGUUAAAUAGUAAUUUAGUAAGAUCUAAUGUAAUAACAAGUGGGAUUUGGCCUGCCGUUGGUGGAAUUGGUGGAGGUUUAGUUUCGAGUUCGAAUUCGAGUUCGUUGUCAUCGAUCAAUUUCGGAAACGAAAAUGGAAAUAAUUUGCCAAAAUUUGGAUUCCAAGGUGUUGAAUUUCCAAAUAUUAAUAUGGGUUUGAUGGGGUUUUACUCAAUGUUUAAUUCACAAGUUCCAGGCUUAGAGCUUGGACUUUCUCAGGAUGGUCAGAAUCAGACAGGAGUCUCAAAUGUUCAAGCUUUGACUCAGUUUUAUCAGCAGAUGAGUCAGAACCGAGUUGGCUCAAAUUCUUUUAGUCAUCAACAGCAUCAAGAUCCUGAAAAGGAUGAUUCUCAAGGAUCAAGGCAAUAGAUAAUUGAAAUUAUAGAGAAAAAAAAAAGAUUGAAUCUUUGAGCUAGCAGUUGGCUGAUAGCUUCAGUCCUUUUGAUCAGCAGUUUCAUUUAAAUCUGCAAAAAAAAGAUGCAGAUGAUUUAUGAAGAGAAACAAACGAUGGAUUGGAGAAUUUUAUGAAUUUUGAGUUUGGUUUCAUAUAAUUUGUUUGCAGAUUGUGUUGAGUUAUUGUAUUAGAUUGCAAUAUUUUGCAUUAAGUUUGAGCUUGUUUUGAAUUCUAGGUGAUGAUCUUUGUGGCUUACAUACAGCAAACAUGAGUAAACAAUAGUUUUAUUAUAAGUUGAACUUAUUAUC